AUGCUCAAGAUCACUAAGGCCGUUACUGGAAAGGCACCUUCUGGCGUUCUGCGGAACACUCUCCUGCUGCAGAGAAGCUUCACGGGUACACGUCUGCCGGGGAGAAGGACCCGUCCUCCCCCCGCGGCCGCACCGGGCCGCGGCAGGGCUCUUACCGGAGAGAGCCGCCACCAAAGGCGCGCACAGCCUCUCCUCAGCCGCCAGCAGCUGCACGGCGGGCCCCGCCGGCCGGGCCAGGGCGUCGCGGAGCCGGGCGAGGACGUGCCUCCUGCGCACCAGCUGCGGGACGGACAGAGGGACAAAGAACCCGUCAGCGCUCCGCUCCGCGCCGCGCCGGGAUCGGGGCGGGGCGGGGAGCGGGAGCACGUGGUGGCAGCGCUGCCGUUCGGCCGGCGCCGGUCGUUAACGCCGGCCGUCACCUCGUCGGUGUUCCGCUAUGCCAUUGCCGUUAACAGCCGAGAAGCCGCUCGUGAUUCGCAGAAGAGGAGCUGGCGGGGAUUGCCGUACCGUUCGUGCCUGAGCGCGGAAACGCUUCCUUUGGCCGAGAGUCCCUGCACCGAGCGCCUGGCCCGCUCGCUGCUGCUAAGCGAGGCAGAAGUGAAUCCCAAAGCUUACCCCCUGGCUGAUGCGCAGCUCACCAAAACGCUACUCGAUCUCGUGCAGCAGUCCUGCAAUUAUAAGCAGCUACGCAAGGGAGCCAACGAAGCCACCAAAACACUGAACCGAGGGAUAGCGGAGUUCAUUGUGAUGGCGGCAGACGCAGAGCCCUUGGAAAUCAUCCUGCACCUCCCUCUUCUCUGUGAAGACAAGAACGUACCUUACGUGUUUGUGCGCUCCAAGCAAGCCCUGGGCCGGGCCUGCGGUGUUUCCCGGCCUGUCAUCGCCUGCUCCAUCACCAUCAAGGAGGGGUCACAGCUAAAGCCUCAGAUCCAGUCUGUCCAGCAAGCUAUAGAAAGACUGUUGGUCUAAAUGCCUGUGAGUUUAAGUCUAUGUGGAAUAGGAAAGCUGAAGGCAGGGGGAAUUGUCCAGCUUCAGUUGAGAUUAUAGUUUUGAUGUCAGUGUUCCAUUUCAAAGCACCACGUUUUUGUUUAAUAACAGCUUAAUUCUUAGUGUUUCUGCCUCUCCUCCCCCCUCUUUUCUAUUAUUCCACUCCAACACAUUCAUUCUCAUUGUAUUACUUCUUGAAAAGUGAUUGUACAACUGUAUUUCCUGUUUGAUGUUUAAAAGAGAGAAAAAAAAAAUCCCCCCCCUUAUCUCCAUGUUUGCCUGCUCGGGGCUUUUUUUUUUAACCCACCCAGGGGCUUCCUCUGUGUUGGAGUAUUUUGGUGACACUUCAGCCUCUAACAGGCAUAAGUAACUCUGUGUGUUCCUGAAUGGUUUAGUCUAUUGAGGAUAAAGCAUGUUGGUUCCCCGCACAGCGUGUGCAUGCAGACUGCUGGAGUUGUUGCUUUAAGUGAUGGAGCAGCAUAGACCACAUAUAGGGCAGGCAGCGGCUACUGUGUAGCAGCAGACAGAACCAAGAUCAGUACUGGUAGCACAACCUUUUUUCUUGAAACCAGACAAGGGACUUCCAUAAGAGGUGUACAGGGAGCAGAAAUCUUAUGGCAGUGCACAAGGGCAAAUCUCUUUAUCUCGCUUAUUUUUAAAUACUGACUUUUUAAGAAAAAUAAAAUUGCUGACAAAGCUAAACAUAAUUGUCAUUCCCUCGGGGAAAGCAUUUGCAACUAACAGAAGUGUUCCUGCUUGUAAAGCUAGACUGCUCAGAGAUUGCCUAAAGGCUAUUGCAGUGCAGUAGUUCAUACUCUUCAAGUUUUCUUUGUGUGGACUGUACCAAUGAGCUUGGGCUACCUAGGGAAUUUAAGCGCAAAACACAUGGUAGAGAGCAGCCUGCUGUGGCUUACAAGUACCCUACAUCUGGCUGAUAACUAUAAAAAGUAUCUCAUGCUUUUAGGGAAGCUACUGUACUGUUAUCACCUGACUGAAGAUGAGUGCUAUAAGUCAUGGCCAAGACAAGAGACCAAGUACUUUUUCAGGUAGAUCAACCUGUGUCUCAAGAAUGCUAGAUAAUCACGUGCUCUGGAAAAGCGUGAAGCACCACCAGCAUUCUGAAUUAGUGGUGGGUUUAUGGAGCUAGCUUUAGUUAAAUGCAUAUUGUAUAAUAAAUCCAGUUACUGCUCUGAGCAGAAUCUAAACCUUUGUGUUGGAAUGGGUCGUAUCAAACCUGUCUUCUACUGCAGGAUGCCAAAGCAAAGCUAGUGUGCAAAGACCCAACAGGUACAAUAGCAGAAGGGAAAAUAAGUUCUCCUGUAAUGUUUCCACAGAGGCACUAACUUCAUACCUUUAGUAAGUACAUCCCCAAGCAGAUGAAAUCAGCUCAUGAAAGACUGAAGACAAAUCGUGCCUGUCUAUUUUUGUAAGUGGCUGAUAAACAGUAAUAUCCUUGCUGAGGUGAGCUUAAUACAAAGAUUUUGUAGUCCUUUCACUUCUAUGAGGUUUAGAAAGGCUGCUCUUCCCUUCUGCUGAUGCUGCCUGUUGAGGUACUUGUGUUUAAAACCACAGUUUGCAAAGGAUUUGUGCUAUUGUACCAUGCCAAGACAGCUGAUGUAAGACAAAGCACAUAAGGAGCAGAAAUAAAGGAUUCUUGAGCAAGCAAAACCGUCUAAUUUUCUGCUCUGAAGCCUUCCAUCACCGUCCCUUUUAAACUUCCACUUAAUGCAAUAGCCUGCUAUUAAAAAAAAAGCCAAAAGGAAGAUCUGAUAACCUAGAACAAACAUGCCAUGAUCAUCCAAAGCCUGGAACAUAUUGUGCCUGGGGGUUAGCAAGCCAAGAGAGAAGUUAACAAGGGCAUUUGGGGAAUGGAAAAUUCACAGAAUGAAGGACAGGAUUGUAUCACUAUUUUAUUGCGUUCAGUUUGAAUCUUGCUAAG